AAAUGGCUAAGAUUUGUCACAUUUCAACCAGAUUAAUUUUUUGUUCUUAUUUAUCGUUUAUGGCACUUUAUAACAAAUCAGAUAAAAUUAUUUUUCAAAGUUUUAGUAAUAUUUUAAUUUAUUUUGUAUCAGUAUUGACAUAAUUUGUCCCAGUAAAUUUUUCAAUAAUUCUGACGCGGGUUGCAAAUAAAAAAAAUGUGUAUUGCCUUUUAUUGCUACAAUUCUCAGACAAAAAUUUCGCUAUCCUCAUUUUUACACAUUUUUUCAAUAUUCACUCAUGAUAGUUUUUGUAUUGUUUGGCACAUUUUAUCAAACACAAUAUAUGGACAAUAUUUUGGUCUUUUUCAAAAGUUUAGUUUCAGAGUGCAAACAAAAUAUUAUAUGUAGUUACAUGAGAAAUAUAAUUUGUUCAAAAUUUUAUUUUAAAAUGUAAAAUUUGUGAACUGAAUGAAGUUCUUGCUGAAGAUUUUUGGCUGAAAAAUAAGCUUUUUUUGUAAAUUAAUCUGACAUGUAGUUAUUCAGUGUUAAGAAUUUAUAAAAAAAAAAAAGAGGAAGAGUUGCUAGCUACGGCUGGUUUGACUUCCGGUUCCAAGUAUAGUUGGUCAGAGGUCGGAUUUAAUGAAUAUCGAAAUCAAGUUGAACUAGGUAUAGCUAGUUGAACCAUUUCGAUUUCUAGUCCAACUCUCGUCGUUCGAUAGUUUAGACCUUCUCGGGUUAGCAGAACUAGUUGAUCUAAUCUUACCUAGAUAAUCUACUCCUCUCUUAUUCAUAAAUUCCCAUCUUAGUUUGAAAAAGCUCCUCCAGUCAUUUAUCGUAUUCACUGUGAUUAGAUUUCUGUGUGAUUUUACCGAUAUUUAAAAUAUUUUAUUUCAGAAACAAACCGACGUUUGUCAAUAUGGGUAAAUUAAACCGCCGAAUCAACGCCAAACUCGGAAAGGAGAAGAAGAUUUUAACGCAUAAAACCGGGUUGUCAAACUCGUUGCUGAGCAAGAAAACCUCCCUCACCGAACUUACCGCCGAUUCCGUGGCCGUGGUGAAAAAUUUCAAAGCCGCUCCAAAACCGGAGGAUAAAGUCCCGGCGACGACCGCUGCCGAUUUCUCCAAGUUUGUUUCAAAUCAGCAGACGAAAAAGUUCAUCAAGAAAAAAUUCCAAACCGAAAACAAAUCAAAAAUUUCCAAAAAAGAGAAAAUGCAAAUUCGGCGAAGUCUGCUGACGAAUAAGUUGGCGGGCGAGGCUGCGGCCAAACAGGAGAAAAAGGAGAAAAAAGUUCGUGAGAAAACUGUUAUUGUCAAGGAUAUUAAACCUCUCCUUGACGAUCUUUUAGAUAUUGAAGAAGAAAUAAUUAAGAAGGAUGAGCUACACCAGGUAAAAAAGAAGAAGAAGAAGAUGUCCAAGUCCACCCUGAAGGAGAAGAAACGUCAGGAAGAGUUUCAUAAGAAUAUCCAGUUCUUCAAGGAAGCACUUAAACAUCCGGCAUACGUUAAGGAUCCUCUUAAUACUAUUUCUACGCAUAUUAACAACUCUGUUUUAAAAUCAGGAUUCAAAGAUAAAAAUUAAUUUAUUCAUUUUAAGAUUCAAUACUUCAUUCAUUCACAUACUGUAAGAUUCAAAAUGCAUUAAUUAUUCUCUCAUUGUUAAAUUCAACCAUCCGGCAUAUAUUAAAGAUCCUCGAAAUACUAUUUCUACGCAUAUUAAUAAUUCUGUUGUAAAAUCAUAAUUUAAAACUAAAAAUUAAUUUAUUCAUUCAU